AUGUUUUCGUUCCGAGGCACAAGGAUGAUUCUGCAGAAACCCCGGCGGAAGCUCGUGAUCUGUGAUCGCAACUGGAAGGGGGCCAGGGAUAAUCCUACCAUCCUAUCGGAGCUGAUUGAUGAGAUCACGGAGGGUUUUCUUGAAGAGCUUGAUCUUGCUUCAGCUCAGCAGCGUUGGGAGAACAUCGCAGUGGCCAAGCUCAACGUUGUCUUGGCGGACAAUCGCAAGCCGCGCUUAAUCAUGGAUGGGACGGUUUCUGGGGUUAACUCGUCUUGUUUCUUGAAUGAGCGAUAUUGUCUUCCCUCGCUCAAAGACGUGCGAUCGGCGUUCCCGCUCCGCAUGAACAAUGAGGACUUGUCAGCAUUCAGCUUGGACAUUCGUGCGGCUCACAAAACGAUUCGCAUUCGAAAGAAGGACCGGGGUUUGGCAGGGAUCAAGCUUGAAGAUGGCCGACACCUGUGGUACCGAGUGUGCCCAUUCGGCACAGGUUUCAGUGCUCUGUGGUGGGCACGAUUGUCCGCUUUCAUGAUCCGAACCUUUCAUCUUUUGAUCUGGUUGUGUCACGCUUUAGGCAUCUUUGUCGACGACCUAUUGCUGUGGCAAGGUGACAAAGCAAUUGAGAUCUCAGGCUGCCUCAUCCUCAGUUUUUGCCAAGCUUACAAUGUGCCGCUAUCGUGGCACAAAUUGCAGUGCGGGUAUAAAGUGAAGUGGAUAGGAUGGUUGUUCAAUUUCAGAGCAGGGACGUUCAGUCUGCCAACCGACAAGAUUGAAAAGAUUCUUCGAUCAGUGCGGGUUGUUCUGCGACCGGGCAAUGUGGAUCGCUGCGAUCUUGAAAAAACGGUGGGUCUGCUUCAGUGGGUGAGCCAGAUAUCUCCUGAACUCCGCCCCUGGAUGGCGUUCUUGUAUGCAGAUCUGCAUAGGCCUGUAGCAACAAACCAUCAUGUGGACUCCGGCGAGUGGCACUUGCUGCACGAAUACUUGGAUGACAACCUGCGGUUCACUAGCCAACCUCCGGGCACGGCUAUUCCACGGGGUGCUCGUCUCUUGUCGACAAGACACAUUGAAAUGCACACCAAGCAGGACUUGGAUAAAGUUCCACUGACUUCACGUCGGGUCUAUAUGCGUAUCUCCGAUCCCAGACAUCGCAAGAUUUCAGAGUGUAGCCGCAAGUUCAUGGAGUUUUGGGAAGCGUGGUGCAUGCGCAGCCCAUUGGAGCAGUGCCUGCACCUUCCUCCACGGAGCAUUGCUUGUACCUUGGCUGCGGAUGCUUGUGCUCAGGGUUCUUCUAUAGGCAUAGGUGGUUUCCUUCGGGUUGAGGGCUCACCCGUCUUAUGGUUCAGCGAGCGCUUUGAGAAAUCGGAUUUCGAUGGUUUGAACAUCCCUCUCGACAAUAACACGCAGAAGAACAUUGGUUGCUGGGAACUCCUGGCUCAGAUUGCUCUUGCAUUUCUUUUCGCAGAGACUUGCCCGGGCGGCCGCUGCAGGAUUCAGCUACGUACUUUCUGCGACAACGCUUCGGCGCAGGCAUCAGCAAAUCGUUUGAUGACGACAUCAUCCCCGCUCUGUUUCUUCGCUCAGCAACUGGCAUUUGUCGCCUUUCGGCAUGGGAUUACCUUGGAUGUGCACCGCAUUUCAGGCUUCCGGAACGAGGAGGCAGAUUACCUGUCCCGCUGGAACGGCACGGACCCUCUGGUGCCCGAGUUUGCUGCAACCUUUCGCUAUCGAUACCCGGUCAAGCGCAUGUGGCAGUCCCCUGCGGGCACGCGUCUCCUGUGGAGUCCUCCUUGA